CUGAAAACAGCAGAAGAUAUGGAGGAGUUAGAAAACGGCUGUGGUGAGGUGUGUUAACCUGCUUUUAGUCUCAGCACCAGGAUUUAUUCUUCCUCUAAACUCAGGACACGUUACAGGAUUAAAGUUUAAACGUGCUAGUGGUAAAAACCCUUCACUUCCGGGGACUGCGUCAUUUCUCUCCCUAUGCAACCCUGACACUACAAAACCAUGUCAGGCGAUGGCAGAAGCAUCUCUCAGAGGUGGGAGAGGGCAGGAAGUUCUGACGCAUGGUCCAUGAAGAGUAGUAGCACUAAGAGCAGGACGUAUGAAGAGCGCUGUGUUGACCCGGUCAGCUCCGAGACCCAGUACCCCGGAGCGAUCCACAAAGUCCAUCGAGAAGAUGCUAAUGGAAAUGCUACAGUGCCCGAGAGUGUUCAAUUUCUGCCUGGCAAGAAAGAGUCCACAUCUGGUUCCUGCACAUGCGGUCCAUGUGUCUCGGUGAAAAGCUGUCGGACGUUUGCCUGUAGCUUGUUGACAUGCGGACUGUAUCAUGUGUGUAGGCGAAUUCCAUGUUUGUUGUCUGCGGAAAACCGAGGCGACGAAUCAGAAGUCGUUAAAGCUGUGACGUUGGUGCCUGAUGCGAAGAACGAUUUUUAUCCUGAUCUUUGUAUCGGUGGCGUCAAAGUGGAUCCAUCAGCGCUAAUGGUAGAACACGGGCAAGUCUCAUUUAAGCUUCCUAAAGAGGAAUCAGACAUCCCAACACACCGGAGUGGCAGCAUACAUUUCAGCGACCUACAAGACGAGGACUUAAUUUACCGAGGCACAGAUGAGGAUGUGGACUCGCUAAUCACACGUAAACUGCUAGAGGUUUUCUCAGAGUUUGAGAUCAAUGAGCUCGCGAAAUGCACAUCGGACUCCAUGUUCCUGAAGCGCUCGCAGGAGAUCAGUCAGCUCAUCUCAGACAUAGUCGAGGAGCACAACAUCAGGGAGCAAGAAGCGGAAUGCCGUUUGGUGCGCGAGAUCAUCCGCAUCAGCACACGUAAGAGCAAGAAGAGAGUGACGGUGAGACAGCAGGAGCUGCAGAGAGACAGUGGUAACGACACCUGGAGGAGCAGCAAGAGGAGCAGCAAGAAGAACAGCUUCAACUCCAUGAGCGACGGCAGUCUGAAGAUUUCAGAGGAGAGAUCCGAUGACAUAGAAGCACGGAAUCUGCGGAACAACAGUAAUCAAUUGUACAUGCCCAGCUCUCCUGUGUCUCCCUCACCGAGCAUGGACCACGUCACCCCCAUCACCUCAGACACUCCUUUACUCCAUCACGGACUGAGAGCCUGACCCUGUGUUUAUUCCCUGUCUGUCUUGACCUCUGGGAUUGUAAUGAAGUACCUGUGCUUGCUCUCUUUCAGUCCUCAGAGCCAUACAACAAGAGAUUGUGACGUUCCUGAAUUUAUUGUAUUGUACAGUAGAUGAUGACGAGGGGUGAAACACUAGACGACAUGAAAUAAGAAGCUGUUCUUGUGAAAUGAGGUAAAAAAAAAAGAUCAGCAUUAGCUCAAUUCAUCCACUGUGGCGCUUUCCGAAGUAGUGCUUGAAGGACAGCAUUUUUUUCCCCUGUAAAUAGAAAAAACGCAUGCAUGUAUGAGCCAGAGAGGCGUUUUAAAGGAAAUUAGCUGGGGUUAAAUGAGGACAUUGUGUACUUGUGAAUAAAAUCUAUUGUUUUUC